AUGAGUUGGUAUUGUUGUGAAUCAUCGUCCCGACUCAAUAAAGCACUGAAAAAGAUAAAUGGAAAACUGAGGCAGCACCCUUCCUCUGAUUUGACAGUUUCGCCUAAGAGACUUACACAACCUGCUGAUGAGCCUAAUAACACGGCUGAAAGAGCUAUCAAUGACAGUGGUCCACCUAUCGCCGACAUUUAUACUUACAGAGAGCUAGCUGAUGCAACACAUGACUUCAGUCGGAAUUGUCUGGUGAAUGUAGGCAGCUUUGGCAAUGUUUACAGAGGAAAACUCGGAGAAACAAGAGAGAUCGUAGCAAUCGAACAUUUGGACAGAAAUGGAUCACGAGGAGAUAGUGAAUUUAAUGUACAGGUGAUGAUGUUGAACCUCCUUAAUCAUCCAAAUGUGAUCAAUCUUAUAGGAUACUGUACUCGAGGAAAUGACAGAUUUUUUAUUCACGAGUAUCUGCCUUUGGGAUCCUUAGACAAGCAUCUGCACGACAGAUUAUCCCUGCAAAUGCCACCCUUAGAUUGGCACACGAGAAUGAAAAUAGCUCUGGGGACUGCUAAAGCCUUAGAAUAUAUGCACGAUAAGGCCAACCCUCCAGUCAUAUAUCGCAACCUGAAACCCUGCAACAUCUUACUAGACAAUGACUAUAAUGCUAAGCUCUCUGAUUUCGGCCUGUCUAAGUUUGGACCUAUUUGUGAUAAGGAACAUGUUUCUGUGAGAGUUAGGGGAACAUUUGGCUACAUUGCACCGGAGUAUGUGAAACGAGGUUUUUUGUCUGUCAAGGCAGAUGUAUACAACUUUGGAAUUGUUUUGUUAGAGUUGCUCACAGGGCGAAGAGCUGUCGACAUCAUAAGGGAAACUAAGGAGCAGGAGCUGUCCUAUUGGGCCAAUCGAAUGAUAUUGAAGAAAUCAAAGAAGGUUCUAGAGUUAGCAGACCCGCUUUUGCAGGGGACUUUUCCAACUCGAAGAUUCUACCAAACAUUCGCGGUGGCACAUAUGUGCCUUCGAGAAAAUUCAACAGUACGACCCAUGAUGAGCGAUGUAGUAGCUGCCAUCUUGUACAUUUCAUCCGAUGGCAACGUUGAUGGCAGCAUAAAUUCUCCACUACAUGAAGCUUGAGUAGAGCAUAAUAACAUGACUAUGGGUGUCUAUAAUUUCAAUCAUUAAAAAUAGGGAUGAAUUGCACAAUACCCAAUAACCAUUCAUAUGCAUCAUUCUAAAUAUAAUGCUUGUUUUCUUUUCAAUAUCUCAUUACUUUUUUUUUUUUUUUUUUGAGGGGAUCAAUAUCUCAUUGCUUGCAGUAUAUGAUUUGUGUAUAAACAAAUAGUUUUCUAAUUUUAAGACGUACCCGUAACAUAUAUUCCAAUAAGGGUAAUAAGCCAAUAACUACGACUAACCUACUUGUCUAGGCCUUAGUGCCUUCCCCUAUUGUCGUGUCGCCCCAUGCUUGUACCAUGUUCUAAUUUUUUCAUGACAAGUAGGUUAGUUGUGUCUAUGGCUAAGCCUUGGUAUACCCCUCGUUAGGGGUUUGCAAAAAAAGUACCGAGACCAGAAACUGAACCGGAAUUAGACCGGACCGCUAGAUUCCGAAUCGGUCUUCGGUCCUCACAAAUUGGUGAUUUCGGGUUUUCGGUCCGGUCCGGGUAAAAACCAGAAUGCAUCAGAAAUGUUUUUUUUUUUUUUUUGUGAAAAUUUUAAAUUUUAUGUUUAAAUUUCUAAAAAAUUUAGGUACAAAACUUGUAAGUUAUAAUUUUUAGGUGCAAAAUAGAAAAACACGCAAACAAAAACAAGACGUUAAAAAAUGAUGUAUAUAUAAAGAUAUUAAAUGCAAAAAAAAAGAAAAGAAAAGAAUAUAACUGGUCUAUUCCGGUCCAAAAUCGGACUGGACCGGAAUAAACAGGUCUAGACCGGAACCCAGACCGAUUGAUUACAGUCCGGUCCCCGAUCCGCAAAAACAGGCGAUUCCGGGUUCCGAUCCCAAUCCAAUUUUGGACCGUGCGCAGCCCUACCCCUCGUCCCCUCUAUUGCUUAAUGUUCAUGUUUUUGAUACUCCCUUUUUUUUUUUGUUUUAUUGCAACAACACUUCUCUAAAUUGAUUUUUUUUUAAGGUGCAACUGCGUAAUACUGUAAAAAUUUGAACCUCAUCUAUACUUUAGUACUCGUACAAAGUAUUAUAUCUUUAUCUUCUCAUGGUCUUCAAAUCUUCACUCUUAUUUUCUUCUUAUUAAAUCUAUGUAAUGUUGUUGGAGUUGUUUAUAAUUUUCACUACAUAGUGAUACAAAUUUAAACACAUGGCUAAUUAAAAAAAAUUAUGCAUUACCAAUUAUGAAAAAACAAAUAGG